UGUCUGUUAAAAUUUUUUCUAGCAUUCUUUUUCCCUUCAUAAAGAACAGAAAGCUCAUCGCACCAGUAGAAUUUAGCAGUAAAGUUAUUUUUUAUUCUAUUGCUUUUUAUGCUAUUGGUUAUGAGGGUUUCUAGUUCUCCAAGUGUGUUAAAUUCAUGUGCUUGAAUUUUGCUCAUUUCUUCGUUAAUUUUUCGGAAAUUAUAUUUUUGUUUAGUUCUUUUUGUCCCGAUGAUUUCAAAAUUUAUAUGUAUCACCAUAUGGUUGGAUCCACCAAUGGAUUGAUCCAGUACCUUCCAAACUGUUCCAUUAAAGAUUGGAACCGUACAUAGAGUUAAAUCGAUUGCACUGGCUCUAUGACCUAUAUGUGUUGGUCUGUAGGUUUUUGUACCGUCGUUCAGUAUCAAGUAGUUUGAGUUCAAUAUGGUAUCAUAAAUGUAUUUCCCUUUAUUGUUCGUUACCUCACAGCCCCAGUGUUCAUUAUGGGCAUUGAAGUCGCCGCCUAUGAUAACUCUUUGCCAAUUUUUUGUUUCAUUUAGUAAUUUUUCGAACGCCGCUGUCAGGUCUGCUAUUUGUAUUCGUGGGUUGACAUAUACAGAAACUAUGUACAGGUCCAUGCUUGGAACAUGUAUUCCCAAAACUUCAAACAUAUUAGUUGUCGUUAGAUUAAGUUGUUGAUAGUUGUAGUUAUCCUUUAAGAAUAGACCAACUCCUCCUCCAACAUCUGUUCUACGUGGUUGUAAUAUUCUAUGAUAUCCCGCUAUGUUCAAGGUAUGUAUUUUUUCACUUGGUGCCCAUAUUUCAGAGAGUAUGGCGGCAUCAAGCUCCUCAUGGUGUAACAUGUAUGCUAAUUCAAUUUUAUUUUUGAUAAGACUUUGGAUGUUAUUCUGUAUGAUCUUGAAUGUUAUCAUCAGUAUUAGGAAUAUUCUUAUCUUUGUUGUAACCUAGAAUGCUGGCUAAAUUAUUUAAUGUUUGUACCAGUAAAUCUAACCUGAUAGUUUCAUUGUUAGCUAAGGCAAACGUCAAGUUUUUGUAGGCCCCCUCUGCUGUUUUCAUAAUAUUUUCUUUUUGGUCAGUCAGUUGUUGUAUUUUGUCGUUCCAUUUCUUUCUCAGUUCUACGUGCUUUUGAAUAGUUAUUGUUUCCGUUUCAUCUGUAUCCGAUGUUGCCUUACGCCUUUUACCACCACGGACGGUUGUGUAUCCGUCUGCGUCUACUUCUUGUUCUAUUUGCUGUCGAUUAUUGUUUUGACUAAAAUUGGAGCUUCUUACCUGAAUUGCUGGCUGCUUUUGUGUUACCUCCUUCUCCUUGUUGGGAGUUAGUUUAGCCUGAGCCGAUGGAUUUUGUUUUCGUUCCUUACUUGAUGAAGCUGGGGCUUUUCCUUCGAAUCCUUUCCUGGCAACAGUUGAGUAGUUCUCCUGGAUGGUUUGAAAUUGGUCGGCAUUUUCUAGAAUACUGUAUCCAUUUCGGGUAGGUGUUAUUAAUUCUUGCUUGGCUUCAAAAAAUGUAAGGUUUUUGCUAGCCAUAAGCGUUUUUAUUCUCGUUUGUUUUUCCUUUGCUGGACAUGUUUCUUCGCUUGCUUUAUGUGCACCUUUGCAGUUUCCACAUCUGGUUUCAUUUACACAUUCCUCUUCAUGGCUUUCGCCGCAGUUGAUACACCGUUUCCUUCCUUUACAGUUGAGUGCAAAAUUACCAAAACGUAGACACUUCGUGCACAUGAUUGGUUUGGUAACAUACGGAGUGACUUUAACGUUUGCCGAAAAUACUUUUACGUGUGAUGGAAGUUGGUUACUUCGGAAGACGAUACCGACGCGAUUCGAUUUAACUUUUUUGCCAUCUUGCCAUCGAUUCAUUCUGAAUAUUUCUUCGAUUUCUUUUCCAGAAUCAAUUUCAUCUUUUAAUUCCUUUUCAUCCAGAUCAUUCGGUAUUCCACUUAUCACACCUUUUACGACUACGAAGCUUUUUGGUAUAUAUGCAUUCAAUUGCUUUAUCUUAAGAUUUUGGCACUUAACCAGACGAUUAGCUUCAUUCAGAUCGUUGAAGUACACUAACACUUUAGCUCUUCCCGUUUUUUUAAUGUCGAGGAUGGAUUUUGAAAACGCAUUUUGUUUUAGCACUUGACCAACACUGAUUUUAUUGAUCCCAAUUUCUUCAUCAUCUUUGCUUUGUACUCUUUCAACAACCACUUUAUAGUCCUAUUUGCCGCUGAUAGUGUUGGUGAUAUUAUGCUGGUUGUUUCACCAACACUUUUUAGUUUUGGGACAAUCAACCUAAAAAACGACCAUGUUUGUCGACCGUCUGUCCGUUUUUUGUACCGAGAGUUUUGGAGGUUAAUUGUCCCGUCUCAUCUGUACACGCUCAGCAAGUGUGCGUAAGAAAUGUCAAAAACAACUCUAUAGGGACCUUGGUCACUCUUCUUAUAGUACGCGCACACACGCUCCUUUUUAGCUAAACCGCCGCCAUUUUUUCCGUUGGCGUCUUUUGAAUUGUUUCUCAAAUUAUCCGGCUCCCCACCGCCGGCUCCGCCGGGGUCUUCCAUUUUUACUAAUUAAAAACCACUCCUCAAAGAUUCUUGUUUGUUUUUUCACAAUAAAACACUUUUCAAUCGCUUAAAACAACUCGGAAAUAUAAUUUUAUACUCAGCACUAGAAGAAACGUAUCUUUUCGUCUCGAAAGAUGGCCGUCGAAUGUCAGAAAGUUUUUUUCAGUGCAUAUGUUUUUGGAGAAGCCCUUCAGAAAAAAUAAUGUUGAACAAUCAUCGACCCACCCAAUCAUGAAGAAAAUGACGAUGACUAUCGUUAGCGUUAGCGUAAGAAGCCUGCGUUUUCCGUGCGGAUGGAAUUCGUUUAGCAAGGUUGCGCAAAAACGGCGAAAACGCUUCGAAGUGUCCUGUUUGUUGAGUUCAUCACCGCAAAUUAUAGUCGAAAAAGCGUAGAAAUACCGACCGUCAGUUUAUUGUUUCUAGUCCCGGAGGAAAAGGAACCGUUUCCGGUUCCCGGAUCUUAAACAUUUUAAAGGUAUACUAAAGGUCAAGGUCCUCGGAAGCAAAUUCAUUGUUAGCGCAGUGCAAAGCAUUCCCGUAUGUGGAAAGAUUCGAGCAGGAAAUAAAAAUGAAUCACAGUCAAACGGGAGGCCGGUACACGGGUCUUGGUUUAGGUGGCACGGCUCCCAGCAGAAGUCGAGAUUUUGAUCGAAGCGUUAGUAACAGCUCAAUGGCAGAAUCCACCCGACUGGAAGGGGUCAUCGGGGGUAAUCGGUCUCAGUUUUUCAGUAGCCCCUCGAAAUCGGUUAUCAUAGGUUCGGGCACAAGUGCUAAGCGAAAACCAACAUCUCCCCUGCUGAACAGCAGGACCAGCUUCAAAAGCAGCAGCAAUCUAGCGAGCGGAUUUGGACGGAUCGAUCAGCAGAUCUACACAGAUGCCCAAAGUCGAGGAUUGGUAAAUCGCUUGGUGAAGUACCAUGACACAUCGCAAGCGCUGAACCGAAGUCAAUCCUUGACCAGUUUAUAUAGCAAACCGGGUCAGUUUCCGGUGGUUCACUUGAAGAAACAAGAAUUAAAAUAUUCACCUCGGCGCAACAACAGCUCGUCGAUCAGCUCGGUUCGCAUUGCCCCGCCGGAAAAGUCGGUUUUUCAGGCUAACACCCGGUCGAACAUUAUGAGGUCCGGAUCUUUGUUGAUUCCUACAGAGUCACAUUUGAAAAUGACACCGCAGCAACAGGGAAGUGGCGAAGAUGAGAUCGAUGCCGAAAAUCGGGUGAUAGCACCUACAGCAGAACUGGAUUCGGCUCCAACCAGAUCAGUUUUGGAUGCUUUGAAGGAGAUUUCCAGGAAGCGGAUCAACAACGAGGAGUUGGAUGCUGAUCGAAUAAAGAAACAGUGUAAAGAACUUUCGGAGGUAGAUUCGGGUGCUGUUGGCCCAGGAGGAGUAAAGCGAGCUCGAGAAUUGCCUUCAUCUAGUUCUCCACCUUUGAAAGGUUCCGACUAUCAAAAAAAGCGUUUGUGUCAGAAAAAUAACGACAUUUCCAGUUCGCUGAGUUCAAGUUUGGUCAUGACAACUCCAAAGCGCAUCGAGCCGGUUCAGAUGCGUCCUGCACGAUUAAAUGUCGAUCAGUCUUUUGCCUCGAUGGUGACGCAGCAUUCCUUCGGAGGAACCGCUCUUGUUGAUGGGGAAACUAGGUUCGAAAACCGGGAACCUAUUGGAAAACUUAAUCGUAUAGAAUCAGAACCCCUUCCAAAAACUCGGAUGGUUUCGGUACCGGAGAUGACUAUCCCGCCAGUGAUGGUCAAGCCACGUCCAAUGCAACCAAAAAUAACGCUGUUCAACAAGAAAUACGACGAAAUACUGUUACGUCCAGAUGGAAUUGAUGAUGAGUUGAACUUCGGAUCCGACGAGGAUGAUGAAAUUGGUGGGCGUAUAAGUUUUAUUAAACCGAAACAAAAAUCACCCAAUCUGAGCAGUGAAAAUGUUAGCCUGAAGCAGGUUGAGAAAUCUAAACUUUCAUUGAUGUUGAGUUGUUUGAGCGACGAAUUCGAUGAUCGAGAAAAUGAAGUCAGCAAGCCGAAGGAUCCUGUUGUUGUUCCUGAAAUAACAAUUCCCAUUGCAAAGGACGUUGUCGAUUCGCCUACAGUUGUUGAGGCUGAGAAAAACAACGAAACUGUAAAAAUAAGUGGAAUUUCUGCACUGAUCAAUAAUCCAAUAAAAGAUGCUGGUUUGGGAAAAAUUGACCCUCCAAAUGAUCUCAACAAAACCGUUGGAUUCACAAACCCCAUUGGCAAGUUUACUACAGAGGCAGCAGCCAAACCAAAAGUAUCCGAUUCGAGUAAUAAUAACAUUUCGAAGCCGAGUGAUUCUACUUUCAAUUUUGGCACACCGACAAAACAAGUCGAUAAACAAAACGAAAAACUUAACAGUACUUUCUCAUUCGGAACACCUGUUGCUGAUGCGAAGGCAACAAAUUCAGAACCACCACCAGCUUAUACUUUUCCAACAGCUUCAUCUGCAGCUCCUGUUACGAGCACUCCGGCAGUCGCUUCUACAGGAUUUAGUUUAUCUCCGGCAGUUUCAUCGACUACUGCUGCAUCAGCCAUCGCAAUCAAUUCAUCCGCUCAAAAUCUGAUAUCCUUCUCACCGGCUGCGGUGCCGUCUAUUAAAUCAGCUUUUUCGAUUCCACCAGCAUCAUCCAAUAACACUCCAGCACCAGCUGCCACUGUCAGUACCACUUUUGGCAGUGGAGUUGGUUUUAGUGCUUUCAAACCUACGCAAUCCGCUGCCCAAGUAGUAUCAUCAACAACAACGUCCGUUACAGCCUUCGGUACUAAAGUUUCAACAGCUGCCUCCAGUGCCGCAACCGCCAGUUUCACCUUUGGAACAUCUACUUCCAAACCAAUCUCAGCAGCACCGACAACGGCAUCGACAACAUCCGCUGGAGCAUUUUCCUUCGGGUCAAAACCGAAUACCUCGGCCAUUGGGUCUGCUCCCUCCACUUUCCCCUCUCAACCGUCAUUCGCAAGUACCGCACCGACAACCGCACCAACAGCACCAGCACCUGCUUUCUCUUUCGGUGGAUCAACUGCAACUUCGGCCCCGUCCGCUACUCCGGUCUUCGGAGUUAGCUCUACCACAACAAAUUCCGGCUUUGGAGUCUUCGGAGGAUCAAAACCGUCUCCAGUGACCACUGCGCCCGUUUUCGGGGCCAGUAAUACGAAUGCAUUCAACGCUCCCGCUACAAGCAAACAUCAAGCAGCAGCAACACCGUUCAGUUUCGGCACCAGUCAAUCAUCUACGUCUAGCGCUAACUCCAACACAGGCACCAGCACCUUUACGUUUGCCAGUGGUAACACGGACAACACCCCAAAAUCGGCGGCUUCGACCAGCAUUUUCGGAACAAGCAGCAACAAUAACGACUCAAAUGCUCCACCGGCAUUUGGGGCACAGAAACCUGUGGCCAGCACUUUCGGAGCGGUAUCGGCAUCAAACAACAACACGACAGCACCAACGGCAGCAGCACCAGUCUUCGGAUCAGGUUCAAUGACUUCCAGCCCUGUCUUUGGUACGGCAUCGAAUACAAACGGUACGGCACCAGCAACAGCAGCAGGAAACGCGUUCGGCCAGACAUCGGUGUUCGGUGCGCCUCAGAGCAGUCAAGCGGUUAGCAGCAGUAACAUAUUUGGUUCUACAACCAGCGCCGUUGGAGGAAUGGCGUCUCCUUUUGGGUCAUCAUCGGUAAACAAUAAUACCAAUUCAGGAGGAAUCUUCGGAGCGGCUUCCAAUAAUGCAACAUCUGCCCAACCGACGGCAGCAAACAACAACUUGAAUGGUACGUUUUCCUUUGGUGCAGCCUCGUCCGGAGUUCAAGCCCCGCUAGCCAGCAAGCCAUUCUCCUUUGGUGGAAACAAUGCUGCUCCCAAUGCCAAUCCCGCUGCUAGUGCCCCGAUCAAAUCAAACAGCUUUACAUUCGCGGGCGCAGGUAGUCAACAAUCUUCGACAGCUGCUCCGCUGGGAGGGGCCAAACCGGGCUUCAGUUUUUCCGCUGGAUCUAGUAACGCAAACGCCAACAGUGCCGGUUUGCCAAGCUUUGGAAAUGCGACCCAAUCUGCAGGUAGUCCAUUUUCACUUGGCGCAAAUAAUACCACCAACAACAAUCAAGCAACCGUGAAACCAUUCUCAUUUGGUGGUACCACAGCUCCAGCAACAGCACAAGCACCAGUCGGUGGAGGCAUUUUCAAUGGAGCCAGUGCCACCUCCCCAGUUGGUCAGGCCCCGGCCUUUAAUUUUUCAGUUGGCUCCAACGCCGGUCAGCCACCGGCUUUUAAUUUCUCAGCCGGAAGUGGAUCCACCGGCCCAACAUUGGCAACAGCAGGAAGCCCAUUCUCGCUUUUGCCCAGUGGAGAAACGCCUACAUUCAGCGUGGGUGUUGGACCACCGGUAACCAGAAGGCCCAUCCGACAUCCCACAAGACGCAGAUAGACGCGAAAUCAUCAAAGUCCCGGAUGCUGACAAGGUAAGGUGAUAUAGUAUGCUCUUGACGUUUCAUAACAGUGUAAUUUUCUUCUGUUUUUUGUUCGUAUCAUGAUAUAAAAUUAAUCAGUCUGGGUUUAAGAUUAUUGGAACCUAGUGCGCUAGUUAAUAUAAAAUAAAGAAUAAAUCCGUUUGUGUAUAUUUUUUGGU